AACAGCAUAUGAGAAUUUUAUGAAAAAUGGACGACAAAUAACUAUAGUAUAGUGUUUUCGGCCUUCGAGUUCACGUGAUCAUUUUUUUUAUUUAUCACAAUUUCCUUCCCUAUAAUCCCUAUAUAACUGCCCGACCUCUGUUUACGGAAACACGAUAAUCUGUCGCCAUUGUGAUUGAAUUUUGCCAAACACAAUAAGCACUUGGACAGCAAUAAGCUUAAAUAUUUUUUUAUAUAAAAACUAUAUAAUGAGUGACAUAUGUUUGGGAAAAAGUCAAUCAGUAAACAAAGUGAAAUUCCAUCAGAUAAGAAAAAAUAACAAGAAAAUGAUGUGCAUAGUGAAACUACGAGAAUGAGUAAUACAAAAUGAAUUCCCGAUGAAGAACGUGAUGUUUCAUACGAAGCAAGUGACGCAGGAUUAGAUCAAACGUUCUGACGUUUUGGAGCAAUAUGGUGAUAAACGGAUAGAAGCAUACUUUUCGUUUAAAUAACAUUGUGCAAGUAAUAAAAACCAAGAUAUUCGAAAACUUGUCAAUGGACAGCAGAUUAAGAUGUAAAACAUUCAACAAAGAUGUCCCGAGUUUGUAAAUUUCUUUAUCAACUAAUCCUAAGAGAGGGAAAACUGUUGAUCCAAACAAAAGGCCCAUGGAGUCAUCGGAGUCAGAAACUGAUCUGUCAUUGCCCUUGUCAAUCAGUUGCAAUGACGAAAGGGAUAUCGAUGAGAAGGGCUAUAACGUUACACAGUCGUCGGACAGUGGGGUAUCAACAUCCAGUGAGACAUCGAGCUGCGAAGAUUGCAACAUUAAGGGAGAUUUGGACCAACCUAUCAGUAACCGUCGAGACACUGUCACACUGUUACAAGCGCUGCUGCCAUGGCGGCAGAAAUCUAGGGCAAAGAAUCUUAGUUACAUAGACAAAGUUGGUGGGACUUUGGCUCUCAUACAACACCCUAGACCACCAAACUUGCCCUCCAAGAGCUUAGAGGAAGAACGAUGUCACCAGAAACAGUAUACAGUCAUUUUGGCUCAGGCAAGAAAACGCGAAAUUGAAGAAGAACUUGCUCGCCGAUGUCAACGAGAAGAACAGUUGCGGAGAGAGGAAAAAUUGGCAGCAGAAUCUGCUCUAUGGACCAAUAGCAUUCUUCCACAAUUUGAGACUGUGAAAAAUACAAAAAAGGUUCAGGAUCUGUGGUGGGCUGGUUUACCACCUAGUAUUCGUGGUAAAGUUUGGAAAUUAGGCAUUGCCAAUGAUCUUGACAUUAAUUCAGAUGAAUUUGAUUUGUGCAUCCAACGAUUAAAUAAAGAUGCUCUUCUCAAAGCCAAGGAUGAAUCUAUCCUUGCUAUAAAAUUGGAUGUGUCUCGUACUUUCUCCAAUUUGGGGGUUUUUCAAGAGGGUGGACCCUUACAUGAAAGUUUACAGGGCUUGCUAUCCGCUUAUGCCGUUUAUAGAAAAGAUAUUGGAUACGUUCAAGGUAUGAGCUUUCUGGGAGCAAUUCUCACUCUCAAUAUGGAACCUGAGGAAGCUUUCGUCUGCUUUGCCAAUCUCCUAAACAAGCCUUACCAUCAAGCAGCCUUCACUCUCAACCAAAAAAAAAUGGACAUUUAUUAUCGUGUUUUCUCAAGCACUCUUGCUCAUAAGAUACCAAAAAUACAUGGGCAUUUUCGUGCCACCGGCCUCAGUCCUGAUCUCUAUCUUCUCGAUUGGCUCUACACCGUCUUUGCCAAAGCAAUGCCACUCGACGUGGUCUGUCGAAUUUGGGACGUUUUCAUACGCGACGGCGAUGAAUUUCUCUUCCGAACAGCCCUCGGUAUACUCCGUAUGUUCCAGAACGAAUUACUCAGCAUGGAUUUUGUCAGGUGCUCGCAAUUCCUCACCAAAUUACCCGACAAUUUAGAAGCGUCUGUACUCUUUGAUAAUAUUGGAAAAAUCAAUACGAGCAUCGGUGCUCAGACUUUUCAAGACAUGAUUUCCCAAUUGUCUUGAUUGGGUAAGAUUAAUUAAGUCUAAUCCAGUCGACCAAAAACUAAGAAUUGCAAUUUGUCGCACCGUGAUAAAUAGGAAAAUUGAAUUAGCUUCUGAUUAAUAUAAGAGUGGGUUUGACAAUUAUUAUCUCAAAGCCUGCAAAAAAUUACUUUUUUUUUGGUUCCACCAAAUAUUAUCGUGAAUAGAGAUUUUUUCAUCCAUGGAAAUCUAUCGAUUUAAAAAAUUAUUUUCAAAAUUAAUGCAUCGAAUCGUCAUAGAAUUCAAUUAUUUUUUAUAAUGAUUACAAAACAAUAUCCCGGAUUAUAGUGAUUAAGAAAGUCAAAUGGAGAUUACAUGUAAAUAUAUAUGAUUAUAUGUCACUUUUAUGUGACUGAAAAAUUUAUAAGUAAAUAUAAAAGACGUGUAUUUUUGUAGACUGUUGGUGCUUGACUCUAUACAGGUCCACCGAUUAAUUAUGUCUACUCUUUUGUUAUAGAAUUUUAUUCACCUGGUUAAUUUCGUAAUACAAGAACGAUAAUACCGUCCGUGCAUUGCCUGAAUACUCAAUAUUAUUGUUAACCAAUGUAAUUAGAGCAAUUCCCGGAAUUUUUUUAUUCUACCGACAUUAUUCCCCGCGUUUAUAAAACGAGGUCAAGUACUGCAUGCUAACAAAUGGAAUUUUCUUAUGGUCGUCAUUGUCGAAAUUAAAUGGAUCUACUUUUUUGAAUCUCAUCGAACUCAUAGAGUCUCACAGAUCAUUACAAGUUAUUAAGGUUCACGAUUAUUUAUUCAAUGAAUUUUUAUUAUCAAGUCGCAUCCAGUUGCGUAUCAACAAUACAACGAGAUGCCUUUCAUUUUUGACGUAGCUGUAUUGAUGAAACGCGAUUAAUUUUUAUUGGAUCUCUAUUUUAUUAUAACUCGACGUAUUGGACGAAUACUCAAACAACAAUUAUAUCCAGUUUAUGUAUCUCAGAUUUUAUUUAGCGAAAUUCGAUCUUGAUUAUUAUCUAAAUUUGGACAUGUUACCGAUUUUUUUUCCAUUUUCGUAAUGUUUCUAUGACCUCCGAUCACAGUGCACUUUGUAUUCCGUCGAAUGAGAUUUUUCUGUAUUUUUUUGUUGUUUGUCAUUGUGAAUAAAGUUAUAUUUAUACAUAAA